CACUUUUCAACAAACCCCGGUCUCCUCUUCUUCUUCUCUCUCUCUCUCUCAUCACAGUUCCAAGUUUAUCAACAGACAAACAAAACAACACCACUCUCUCUCUCUCUCUCUCUCUAUCUCUCAUAUUCUCUCCCUCGCCGGUCUCCGGCGACAUGUUCGACGGAAAUCAAUUUCCGGCCCAUUAUACGGCGACCUGUAUUCUUAGCUCUGACCUGUCCUUCACACUUCAAGAUAAUUCUGUUUGGAUUGCUGGAAAUCUGGCGAGAAAAUUUCCCGGAAAAUCAAUAUAAACUCGGUGGUAUCACCAGAAAUUUUCUGAAUCUUUAAUCGAAGUUGCAUGUGUUUCAAUACUCGAUUCGUUUGCGCUAAAGAUUGUAUUAGUUUCGUUAAAUGUGAAAAAAGAAAGUUUUGCACAAAUGGAAUAAUUUUAUUUUUCUGGGUAUACUUUGAUUUGUUAAAUUGAUGGAAAGAAUAUACACAUGGAGAACGGUUGCGUUCAAAGCUCGGAAAUUGUUUUCCGGGUACCGGGAGCUUGUUUGGGAAUUGUGGUAUAGAAGAAGUUUUUCCAACCUUACGUCAAGGUUGAAUUUUGUAUGAGAAAUUUGCUUGGUUUUGUUGGGGGUAUAGUAAAAAGAUUUGUUUUUUAACAUAACAAACAAAAGCUUUGUUUUGGAUUAUUUCUUGGGGGUGGAAGAAGGAGAAGAAGAAGUGACUAUUACUCUUUCAAUCAUGAAUUCUGAGGGAGGAGUGAAUGAUGGUCGUUGUCGAUUUGGAUCAAGUGAUUCCUUGCUCCCGGGUCUUAUUGACGAUGUAGCGUUGAAUUGCCUUGCUCGGGUGAAUAGAUCAGACUUCGCUUCGUUAUCGUCUAUUAAUACAAGGUUUAAUAAGUUAAUCAAAAGUGGGGGUUUAAAUCGGUGCAGAAAGCAGUUGGGGAUUGUGGAGCAUUGGGUGUAUAUGGUUUGUGAUCCAAGGGGAUGGGAGGCAUUUGAUCCCGUGAGGAACAGAUGGAUGACGUUACCUAAAAUACCUUGUGACGAGUGUUUUAACCAUGCUGAUAAGGAGUCCUUGGCUGUGGAUUGUGAAUUGUUGGUUUUCGGUCGUGAGUUGUUGGAAUUUGCUAUUUGGAAGUAUAGUUUGAUUCUUCGUAGUUGGGUUAAGUGUCAGGGGAUGAAUCGACCCCGCUGUUUAUUUGGGUCAAGUAGCCUUGGUUCUAUUGCUAUUGUUGCAGGUGGGAGCGAUAAAAAUGGAAAUGUUUUGCAAUCUGCAGAAUUAUAUGACUCUUCAUCAGGUACAUGGGAAAUGCUACCCAGCAUGCAUACACCACGUAGAUUGUGCACUGGUUUUUUUAUGGAUGACAAAUUCUAUGUGAUUGGUGGGAUGUUAAAUGCAACUGUUCCAUUGACCUGUGGAGAGGAGUUCAAUCUUCAGACAAGGAAAUGGAGAAUAAUUGAGGAUAUGUAUCCCCUUGCUAAUAGGGCUGCUCAGGCGCCUCCUCUUGUGGCAGUUGUUAAUAACCAAUUGUAUGCAAUUGAGCAUUUAACCAACAUGGUGAAGAAGUAUGACAAAGUAAAGAACACCUGGGAUGUGUUGGGUAGGCUUCCGGUGAGGGCUGAUUUGGCAAAUGGCUGGGGCUUGGCUUUCAAGGCUUCCGGAGAGGAACUUCUGGUUGUGGGUGGGCAAAGAGGCCCAGAAGGUGAAGGAAUUGUGCUGAACUCUUGGUGUCCAAAGUCCGGCGUCAAGAAUGGAACCUUGGAUUGGAAGGUUCUUGGUGUGAAGGAGCAUGUUGGUGUGUUUGUGUACAAUUGUGCGGUUAUGGGUUGUUGAAAAUAUACUGGAUCAAUUGAAAUGAAGAUCCAGUAUCUGCAAUCCGACUCAGCCCUUUAAGGUGCUUCUGUGUGCAUUUAUUUUGUUGACUAGAAUUGAUUAUCACUGAGAUAGCUUUUGUCUAGCUGAAAAGUAGUUUUCUUUUUCUUAACUUGCCUGUAUUUGAAUGCCUUUCUACUUUCAUGUUUCUGCUCUUGUAUUUGCUUUUGAGAGGCACUGAGUAGAGUUGGAUAAUUCUCUGUUCCUGUCAUAACUUUCAAAGUUCACUCACGGCCAACUUAUUUAUACCAAUAAAUUGGAAAGCCUUCUUUCAUAAUUA